UUGAGGGGGCGCCGCCCUGCUGCUCCUCGCGUCCCUUCAGAGCUUUGAAGCUUACUGGUCAAAAUAGACCGGAGAAUAGGAAAGAACCUUGGACAAAUCUAGAACUAAACCCAGACGUUCUUUCUUCGUUUGAAGCUGCGUCUGGAGAGCUGCUUGUUGCUAUUCUUUCUCGGAGCUCUGUUUCAAGGUCGUCUAUUAGAUCGAACUUGAAGACAGGUCUCCGAAUUUUGAAGGUCCCUGAGGAUUUCUAUCAUAACCGAAUACUGCAUUUAACAUUUUUCUGUUGUGCGAGCAUCAUUCGUCGAAAUAACUUAUUUUGUAGUCUGAUCCAUUAGCUGAGAAAUAGAACAUUGAAAUUCUUGAGCUGAUUUAGGAUGGCGGGUGCAUUGCAUUUGUGUGGUGUUACAACUCCCAAUUGUGCGGUUUCCUCAAGAAGAUCUUUGCAUUGUCAACCUCUGUGGUCACAGCGGCUUGAUUUUACCCUAUCUGUGGCUGGGGGUUCCAGAUUGUGUAGAAGUGUAAAAGAUUCUUCUAGAAAAAAUGUUUUGAGAGUCUGUUGCAGCGGAGGAUCUAUAGACGUACUUGAAAAGAGCAAAACUGAGAAUCAAACCACUGAUGGAGUCACAGAGCAAUUGACUAUCGCCAUGAAGUUUGGUGGCUCAUCAGUGGCAUCUGCCGAGAGGAUGAGGGAAGUUGCUGAUCUUAUUCUAAGCUUCCCCAACGAGAGGCCUGUCAUUGUUCUCUCUGCAAUGGGAAAGACAACUAACAAGCUUUUACUGGCUGGUGAAAAGGCUGUCAGUUGCGGUGUUUCUAAUGCAUCCUGUAUUGAUGAGCUGACCUUCAUAAAAGAAUUACAUCUCAGGACUGCAGAUGAGCUUGGAGUAGACAGUUCUGUUAUUUCAGCUCACUUAGAAGAAUUGGAACAACUUCUCAAGGGAAUUGCUAUGAUGAAAGAGUUGACUCUACGCACAAAAGACUAUUUAGUUUCAUUUGGAGAAUGCAUGUCAACAAGACUUUUUGCAGCAUACAUGAAUAAAAUUGGUGCUAAGGCCCGCCAAUAUGAUGCAUUCGAUAUUGGAUUCAUAACCACAGAUGACUUCACAAAUGCUGACAUUUUGGAAGCAACUUAUCCAGCUGUUGCUAAGAGGUUACUUGGUGAUUGGAUUAGUGAUCCUGCAAUUCCUAUUGUUACUGGCUUCCUGGGAAAGGGCUGGAGAUCUUGUGCAGUGACUACACUGGGUCGUGGUGGUAGUGACUUAACAGCCACUACCUUAGGUAAAGCUUUGGGCUUGCGAGAGAUUCAGGUUUGGAAGGAUGUUGAUGGUGUUUUGACAUGUGAUCCAAACAUAUAUUCACAUGCAAAACCUGUUGAAUAUUUGACAUUUGAUGAGGCGGCUGAACUUGCAUAUUUUGGUGCUCAGGUCUUGCAUCCACAGUCCAUGAGGCCAGCUAGAGAGGGUGAUAUUCCUGUUAGGGUUAAGAAUUCUUACAACCGUAAUGCUCCAGGUACUCUCAUCACAAGAACGAGAGACAUGAGUAAGGCAGUACUCACUAGCAUUGUUUUGAAACGGAAUGUUACUAUGUUGGAUAUUGUUAGUACCCGUAUGCUCGGUCAAUUUGGUUUCCUUGCCAAGGUAUUUUCAAUAUUCGAAGAGUUAGGUAUAUCUGUGGAUGUUGUAGCUACCAGUGAAGUUAGUAUUUCCUUGACAUUGGAUCCAUCAAAGCUUUGGAGCAGAGAACUGAUUCAGCAGGCAAGCGAACUUGACCAUGUUGUGGAAGAACUUGAGAAAAUUGCAGUUGUGAACCUUCUUCAGCACAGAUCAAUUAUUUCUCUCAUUGGGAAUAUCCAGAUGUCCUCACUGAUACUAGAGAAGGCAUUUCAUGUUCUUCGAACCAAAGGAGUCAACGUCCAGAUGAUCUCUCAAGGCGCAUCUAAGGUUAAUAUUUCUCUGAUUGUAAACGACGACCAAGCAGAAAAAUGUGUGAGGGCUCUCCAUUCUGCUUUCUUCGAGAGUCUCUCUGAAGUGGAUCGGGAAUGUCAAUCCGACAACGGUUCCACUUCAGCGUUGUCAAAUGGACAUUGAUGGGCAUCACUGUUUUUUGUUUUUGCGCAUAAUGUUAAACCAUUUUGACGUAAUAUUCUUCAUUUGUAGGUUAAUAUUUGAUUUGUCUGUGCUUGUGAAUCCAUUUUCCUCUUGUUCUAAGAUGAGGAACUGUUGGACAAUCUAAUAUUUAGUUGCAAGGUUUUAGCUGGCUAUAAAUGCCGUACUAGUUGUAAUACUGCAAUAAUUGUUGCAGGCCUUUUGUGUUUUCUUCAAAUAAAAAAUCUGGAUCUCACGUGAA